GCAAAGAUGGAAUGGAUUUAAGAUUUUUCACUACAACAUGUACAAUAUUUUCCAGGAAACUGAUCACACUGGGGAAAUUUUAAGCCAGAUUGUGUUUUCUGGAAACAAUGAUAGUAUCUAAAAGAAAUGUGUUCCUUCAGAAAUCUGAGAGACAUCGUAGUAAACGAUGGAAGAACUGAAUAGGACCAAGUUGGUGCCUUGGAAAAGAUGCAAUUUUUGCCCCAGUUCAACUUCAAGCAGUUCCCAGUUGUUUAAAUCUCCCAGGGAGUUUGCUCAGCAUCUUCGAGACUUUCACUGCUCUAAAGAAGGUGGUUCGUUUGUGUGUCGCUACGGGGCGAAUAGAGUGUGCCCAUCACUGCCUGUCGAGGGAGUGAGUGACCGUGAUUACGAGGACCAUGUUGCGAGAGAUCAUGUAUCGGCUUUUUCGGCAAUGUCAACGGAUGGCGUGACAACGACGACGGGUAGUACUAGUCAAACUGACAAGAGCGGUAGGAGUUCUCCAGAGAAUGUGCCUGUCUCUCAGCCCUCCGUUGUGGAGGAUCAGCACAAAUGGACAAUAUAUCAUUCCAGAGUUAACUUGCCUGCUGCACUCAAUGACCCCAGGUUGGCUAAGAGAGAAACAGACAUUUUCACAAAAACCUGGGGUGACUCAUUUGAAAGAGUGAAAAUAUUACCUAGCCCUUACCUGCCUGAAGUAAACCGAGGAACCUUUGAGAGAUAUAUACAGAAAACAUCAGGAAGAUACAAGAAGCAUCUGAAGAAUGCCGUCAGUGCAGACCCACAAAGUGCUAACCAAAAAGAUUCCCUACCGACUAAAGCAUUCCCUGCUUUACUCCACCAUAAACAGUUAGAUAAAUCAUGUGAUGACUUGGAUCAGGUGCCAAAGCUUUUUCUUCAACCAAAUUUCUCUCUUGAGAAUGUGGAGACAUUCAAUGCAGUAUUUCCAUGGACUCAAGUUGAAACCUCUAAACCUGCUCAACAGGGAAACAAGAGACAGUCCUCAAAGUUACUUCAAGAAAAACUUAGUCAUUAUUUGGAUAUUGUAGAAGUGCAGAUAGCUCGCCAGGUCUCUUGUAAAUCUGAAGCGUUCUUCCAUGCUAUGACUUCACAUGAUGACCUCAAUAAUCAUAUGCUCCAGACGUGUGCUGCUAUAAAGCACCUCAGGGACAAAAUCCAUGCUUUAGACUCAAUACUUGUGGAGGGAUCGUUAAAAGUCAUGAAGAUUGCAAGAAUGAGGUCUAACGCUGCCAAAUUUUACAAUAAGCUCAAACUCAUGGCAACUGUUCAUCAAACGCAGCCAACCAUUCAACUGCUGUUGUCAACCAGUGAGUUUGUUGGCGCCUUAGACUUGAUCUCCACAACUCAAGAAGUCUUGACCCUGGAGUUGGCCGGAGUUACUUGCUUUAGGCAUCUCGGUCCCCAACUUGCGGAGAUGGAGAAGGUCAUAGACAAGAUGAUGCAGGCAGACUUUGCAGGCAAUGCUUCCAAAGAACUCAACCGAGACCUGGCAGAAGGUGCUGAAAUCAUGGAAGAGGAUCGCUUGGUCUCGAUUCUGUUUGGUCUUCUCAGGCAGCGGAAGUUUUACUUUGUGGAUUCAUACAGAGAAGAGGCAUGCACUGCCGCUAAAGCUGUGAUAAAACAGACUGUAAUAGAGGCAGUCUCAGUGGCAGACGACAUUGACACAGAUUCCAAUGUGGGAAGCUUAGCGGAUCAAAUGAGAUUGCUUAACUUCCCCCAGUGGAUGGAAAUGUUGACCAAAGUAUUUGAAAAUGUGGUCAUAUUACUCAAACGGGUAAAGGCAUUCCAGGAUGUCACGCUGGAUGUGCUCAAUAUUGCUGCCGGGAAAUCCAAAACCACAGGGUCUAGUCAAGAUACAGAUGCCGAAACCACGCACAUACACCAUUUGUCUGUAGAUAACGACAUGGAUGAGAUGAUCUCCGUGUACGAGCACACCAGAGUGAGCAACGCUAUGAAAGAUAUGAUCGGUCAAGUAUGUGACCAUGCUCAUGACCGAUGUGUCAAAUUGCUCAUGGCCAGAGCAAAGGACAAUUUUCUUGAAAGACUCAGCUCAAGUGAAUUUGUCACAUUGUCUCGUGCAGUUGAAGCGUUUGUAUGCGACUGUGAAAAGUUCUGUGGGCGAAGAAGCACGUCGUUACGUGGAAGUUUACAGAGCCAAGCCAAUAGAUUUGUGACGAGAUUCCAUGAGGAGAGGAAAAAUAAGUUAAGCCUGAUCCUUGACAGUGAACGUUGGAAACAGGCGGAUGUGCCAUAUGAAUUCCAGGAACUAGUCGACCACAUUGCCGACACCGGUAAACUUGAACUGCCCGAGAAACGCAACGACUCCGAUAAGAAGCCAGCAGAGGUUCUCAAAGUCAGAGAAGAACAAUAUGCUGUUGUAGGAACUGUCCUGCUGCUGCUGAAGAUGGUUGUUGAAUACUGUCAAUGCGUGGAUGACAUCCCUGCAGCUGCUCCAGAUAUUCUGACACGACUUAUUGAAUUACUCAAGAUGUUCAAUUCCCGAACGUGUCAGUUGGUGCUCGGAGCCGGUGCUGUACAGCUUGUAGGAUUAAGAACCAUAUCAACGAAAAAUCUUGCACUUGCAUCCCGGUGUCUGCAGUUGGUCAUCCAUCACAUUCCACUAGUCAAAAACCAUUUUGAAGAACGUCUGCUUGGAAAGCAACAGAACAUGAUGAAAUAUUUCGACCAAAUUUUAAAAGAUUACAAAGAUCACAUCCAAGAAGUUUCUAAUAAAAUUGUCACAAUUAUGUCCAACAUUCUGGAGGCCCAUCUGUCCAAGUGGGAGGUGAAGGCUCCUGUGCCAUCGCAGUGUUUCCGUACGAUGUCCAAACAGAUGAAAAAAAUGCAUGAAAACAUAUCGGAUGUGAUGCCAGAGUCUGAAAUAAGGGCAUUGUUUCUUCGUAUCAAUCAAGCAUUUGUGAGAAAUGCCAAAAACCAGUUGAAGAAGCUCAACAUAGCCAAUGAUGCAGGCCCUCAGCAUGGACUUGUGACUGGAGAGCUUGCCUUUUAUAUCGAGAGUUUCAAAGGAGUGCCAGGGAUGGAGGACCUGAAUGAGACACUCAUUGACAACAUCUGGAAUAAAAGAUGACAGCAUAAUUAAACGUGCCGUUUAUAUUACUAGUCAUUCAUAAAUACCAAUGAUAUUCAGGUGGCAUAUAUUUGGAGCAAGUUUUUGACACCUGUAUGAAUGGCUCUGCCCUUCCUUCAACCAGUAGUAGGCCUGCUGGUACAUGUGUUAUGAAAAAUCCUGAAAACUUUGAGAUUACUCAAUAGCUGAAAAAUCUCCAAAGUUUGUGGUGCUAAUGGAAGUUUAUCUCAUGUGCUUCAACCAGUUACGAAGCACAGAAAAAUGCAGGCCGUCUGCACCUCCCUCUAUUGAGAAUUUGACUAUGAGCAAAUCCCAAUUUUAAGUACCUAUUGUAAAUUCUUCAAACACCUGUCCCAAUAUAUGCCAUUGCUUUGCUCCAUUCCAAGCUGUGAUUUCGAUCUGUAACUAUAUCUAUUGAUUUACAUACUUGUAUUGCAUUUGAACUUGUCCAGUCCUAUGUCUGUGCAGUCCUGUAUUUGUCGAUUUGUUUGUUAUCUUGCUCCAGUCCCGGUUUUGUUGCUUGGCAAUGGAAGUAAAGGAGGAGUGUCUCUAAAUAAUGCCGGUCGGCACUAGUGAAGUUAACUACAUUUACAUGUACAUGUAUAUCAGAAAAUGAAGAUGAGCUGCCUAUUAACAUUUUGUGUGCAAAUUCUGGAGGUCCUGUUCUUUUCAUGUUAACGAGUCUUUGUUGUUAAGCAGUUCUUAGGUGUCAUGAUUAAUGUUGCAAGAAUACAUUUGACUAUUAUUCUCGCUGAUUGCAAUCUAAUGAUUCAUUUUUACUUACUCGCAAUUAUGGCCACAGACCUGCCUACAUUGUCCUUGUUAUGAGUUGGACAGUAUUUGUGGUGAAUUCCAAUCAUGGGACGACCAUACCACUGAGUCAUUUGUGCUGGAAAUGCAUUUUUUGGUCUUGCUCUGUUCUGACAAUGCCGUUGAAUGCGACACUUCUUUCAAAUUCUUUAAAUUUUGAAAAUGUGUAUAUUGUCUGCCUUGAACGGAUUCUGUUCUGUACAACAAAUUUUCGGAUGAUUAUGACCAUUGGCUUCAUUUUAUGAAAAAUAUUCUAAAAUUGUAAUGAAGCAUUCAGAUCUCCUGAUGCUUCAAGAUUUGUAAAUUUGUAAGGAUGUGUAUAUUUCGAGCUGUUGUGAGUUUUCAAGAUUCACCAAGAAGAUUUGUACUAAUUUUUUACUUUGUAAUCAAUUUAAACCAAAAAUUUACUCAGUCAAGCUUUCAGACCGGAGAAAAUCAUCUCGUGGAUCUGAUAUCUCGAAUCCCCCCCAAUUGGUUAAGUGAGCCAGCAAGUGACACUGCAUUUCUGACUCUGCCACAUUUCUGAGCCACUGUCACAUGCUUCAACAAGGCAAUGACACAGAAGGAAUGUGUUCUAGAACGCAAAAUGGCCGUAAGAUGUGUGAGAGAUCCUACUUCAUUAUGUUAUGGAUCUCUCAAGAUGCGAUUGUGCCGUUCCUGACCUGACUUGAGAGAUGGGUAAUAAAGCUCUGUUCUGAUAGAUACUUCUCAGAGUGAGUACAUGUAAAUUAUGUUUGUAUUGACUGAGUGCAAAAAAAGUGAAUUUGUGAAAAUCAUGUAAAUUAUUAAAUAUGUGAAAUUUUUGUUGUGAUGUUGAUAAGGGCAUGGUUAAGCGCCACUGUUUAAAGACAUUGGAGACUUAACACGAGAUGUAAAUAAAGCAUUCUAUUAUGAAAAA